AUUAGGGGAGAGCUACAUUCGGAAAAAAAGCUGCCAGCCCUCACCUUUAUUUUUUGUAUUAAUCUCUAAGGAUUUAGGCAAGUUCUUACAGAUAAAUCCAUUUCCCCCGUUUCAGGAAGGGCUUGCCUUGUAGUAGUCACCACAUCCCACAUCCCAUAGCCCAUUGGAACUGUUCCCCAGUGUCACCAGAUGUUGGUUUACAGAGACCCUGCUGGGGAUCAUUCCUCCUAAGCAUGGCAUUUAGCAUAAGUUUUUUGAGCCUGAGGAAAAUAUACCUAGCAAUAGCUGAUUGAAGAAAGCUAUGUUCCUGCUAAAUAUCAGGUCUGGUUAAGGAAUAAUUCCAGGAAGCAGAAAGACUUUGCCACUACAAAGGAAAGUUCACGUAAUUCUUAACAUUAACAUUAUGUGGUAUUACUGUGAGUAAUAAUAAGUGUCUCAAAAGUCUAUCUCAGUCACCUGCAGGCCCCCAAUGAAGACGACACCCCAGGGUUGCCAGUCCAGACUGCCAGACAACACUGCCUUGAAGCAGCAGCAACUGCCGGCGUACCGGCUGCAGCUCUCUGCCACCGGCGUACUCUCUGGCUUUUUCGCCACAGGAGUGUUCUGCCUUGGCGUGGGCAUCAUCCUUAUAUUGUCUGCAAAGAGCAUCAAGGAAAUAGAGAUUAAUUACACAAAAAUCUGUGCAAAUUGUGCAAAACUGCGGGAAAAUGCCGUGAAUUUUGACAAAGAAUGCACCUGCUCUAUUCCCUUUCACAUUCCAGAGACAAUGCAGGUUUUGGCUCAUUCCCACCUCAAUAAGGCCUGCACUGGCCAUCCUGUUUCAUGCUACAACCUGUCUACUCACCCACCCUGCACUACCGAUCCUUGUUACCUGCUGGAAUUUCAGUUUUUCCAUAGUGCUCACCACCUUCUAACAUACUGUGGUAAUGUUUAUAUGUACUACAAAUUGUAUGGCUUCUAUCAGAACCUCUAUGGAUAUAUUCUAUCCAGAAGUAAUAGCCAACUGCUGGGUACAGAUGUAAAGGAUGUUGGAAGCUGUGCUCCGUUCAGAGAGUCCCACAAUGGGACCCCCAUCGCUCCUUGCGGUGCUAUCGCCAACAGCAUAUUCAAUGACACCAUUAUUCUUUCAUACAACCUUAAUUCAUCUAUACAUAUCAAAGUCCCAAUGCUAAGGAGUGGAAUUACAUGGUGGACAGAUAAGUAUGUCAAGUUUCGGAAUCCCAGUUCCAAUAAUCUUUCUAGUGCAUUUGCAGGAACCACAAAGCCUCCAUACUGGCCUAAGCCUGUCUACGAACUGGAUGAAGAGGAUCCAGGGAACAAUGGCUUCAUCAACGAUGACUUCAUCGUGUGGAUGCGGACGGCUGCCUUUCCCACUUUCAAAAAACUGUAUCGUCGACUCAGUCGAACACAGUGUUUUAUUGAAGGUUUGCCUGCUGGUAAUUAUAGUUUCAACAUAACCUACAACUUUCCAGUAACAAGGUUCCGAGGAGAAAAAUCAGUUGUUCUUUCCACCCUGACGUGGAGCGGAGGCCGCAGCCUUUUCUUAGGUCUCGCCUACACAGUGACCGGAGCCGUGACGUGGCUGGCCACCUUUUCCAUGAUGGCAGCUCACCUGAUGCUGAAAGAAAGGAAAAUGUUCUUCUCCCAGCAGUAACGUCAAGCUUUAGAAAGAAAAGCAGAAAACACAGAAAUGGACAGUGAA